CUCUGUAAACCGGAACAUUUGGUGGAUUUAUUGUCCAUCAAAUUGGUGCUUUCAUUGAGAGUUCGAGAAUCAUACUCAGAAGAAAUCCUCCACAACAACGAUGGUGCAAACACGUAGCAACGCCAACGUAGGUACCGGAGUUCCCCAACAAGGGGAGAACAGCGCCACCGGAGGCCGGCACCCCCCCAUCACCACCGGGGAGGCUGAGGCCCUCAUUCAGAGGGUUGGGAUCACGGCCGAACAAUUCAAGGAGGUGCUGGCCGCACUUGCGCCCAACCGCGAGGUUGUGGUAGGAAAUGUGGCUCGGGGACCCACAGGCGAGAAGGCUGGACCUGCGGGCUCCCAAGGAAAAAAGAAAAAAGUGAGGCGGUCCCAAAAGAAGAAGGCGACCAAGCCUAAUGGGAAGGCUAUGAUGGCAGAUGCGCUUUCCAGGCUGGAAGAAGAGGACGAGUCGUCCUCCUUCGAGCGGAUGUCUGCUUUUGACCGUUUGGGAGAUCCCAAGUCGAAGAAACCUCGGACCUCUGCGUUCGAAAGGCUGCAGGACACUCGUAACCGGACCUGGAGGAGGCCGCCAGCCCCCACGGCAGCGAUCACAGCAGGAGAGGGGCAAGAAGAUGGACGGCGGCACCUAGGGCGAGAUUGUGAUGACCUAGAUGAGGAGGAGAGGCAAGGUCGCCGACACCUGGGGUGUCGGUUCAUCAUGGGAGGAAACACUGGAGGAGAUUCGGUAUCCUCCCGGAAGAAGUGGAAGAACAUGGUGUACCUGGCCGAGGUACAAAGGCCACCGCUGCCUAAGCGAAAGAAGAAGGAACCUCUGAUCUUUACAGACGAGGAUUAUCCCCCAGUCCUCAGUCCUCACAGGGACGCUCUGGUGAUAAGAGUGGAGAUCAAUAAUGUGGUUGUUCACCGAACCUUGGUCGAUACGGGCAGCUCGGUCAACGUAAUGUACAGCAACACCUUUAAGGAGUUGGGAUUGUCCCGAAGCGACCUGAAGCCAAUCCAUACGCCGCUGUCAGGAUUUACAGGGGAUACUAUUGAAGCAGAAGGAACUAUCACGGUAAAGGCCGGGGUAGGAGAUGGCACCCACCGACUCUGGGUCGACAUGGAAUUUAUGGUAGUACAGCUCGACUGUGCACACCAUCUGAUUCUGGGACGACCAGGGUUGGAGGACCUGGAGUGCAUAAUCUCCCCCGUCCACUUAUGCCUAAAGUUCAACACUCCCACAGGGGUGGGAGUAGCAAAGGGGAACCAGAGCCUGUCACGAUCGUGCUACGUCAGGGCGACCAAAAGCCAAGCCCGAGUCGACGAGAAUGUGAGCACGAUCUGUGCGGCGAUCCAGAAGGAGGAGGGGCGACCCCGAGCUGAGCCGGCGGAAGAGGUCGAGGAAGUUUCUUUGGACCCGGUUGAGCCAGAGCGGAAAGUGAAGGUAGGCAAAACCUUACCGCUUGAAUUAAAGGAACAGUUAUUGGAGGUCCUCCGAGCAUUCAAGGUGCUAUUCGCUUGGGGACCAGAGGAUAUGCCAGGGGUCGACCCAAAAGUUAUCUGCCAUAGAUUGGAAGUGGAUCCGACCCACAAGACGGUCAAACAGAAGAAGCGUUUCCUUUCCUCAGAACGGAGAGAGUUUGUCACCAAGCAAGUGACCACCCUGCAAUCCAUUGGGCACAUCCGGGAAGUCCUCUACCCGGAAUGCUAUGCAGCGGUCGGGUACCCACAAACCAACGGGCAGGUAGAGAACACCAAUCGUACCAUCAUGGAUGGCCUCAAGAAGAAGAUAAUGGAAUGCAAAAGUGCCUUGGUGGAAGAAGUGCCCCAUAUUUUGUGGACCUACAGAACUACCCCAAGGAAGGCAACAGGUGAAACUCCUUUCUCACUCACAUAUGGAUUUGAAGCAAGGGCUCCAGCGGAGACCUCGUUGUUAAGUUAUAGAGUAGAGACGUUUGAUGCUCAAGGAAAUGAGGAGAACCUGAGGGCAGAGCUGCACCUCAUUGAUGAGCGAAGGGAAAGGGCAUAUAUGCGGGCAGAAAACUACCGCCGGCAGGUCAAGUCAUAUCACGACCAUCGGGUGCGACCAAGGCAGUUCAAGAUGGGCGACUGGGUCCUUCGGAAGAGGGAGGUCAGCCGGCCGACCGAUGGAGGAAGGUUUGCUAAAAGCUUCGAGGGGCCAUAUAUCAUAAAGGAGGUGUUGGCUGAUGGGACAUUUAGAUUGCAGACUCCAACCGAUGGCGACGUUCCGCGAGGAAUGGAGGGGGCAUGGAGCAUCCCAGUCAAUCCGCCCGUCAGGCAGGCGGUUGGCGGAGAGGGCCUCGUACGCCUCACUAAAGUCUUCAUAAGGGUUUGGAGGUGGUGGCGGCGGUUUCACCGACGGCCACUACCGGCGAGGCAACCGGCGACAGAAUUCGUAAGGGUCAAGCCCCCCCAGUCAUUGGAAUUGACUGACUUGGGGGAGGGGGCAGGCUCCGGCGAAGAAGGAGCCGGCCCGUCGGAAAGAUCUAAAGAAACAGGAAUUCCUUCAGACAUGGCAAGAAUGGAGAAAAGGAGGGUAUUUGGUGAUGGAGCAGAGUAGAGGCCAGGGGGACUUAUAAAUAAGCCAGGGCGAAGGAACCGAAGAGGCGGUCAAGUCUCGAGGCAGCCGAACCAAUAAAGCAGCUUUGAGCCG